CACUUAAAAAGACGCUAAAUCCAAAGAGAUUAUAAAGCGUCAUCAAAGGCAAAAAAAAAAGUGACAUAAAAAGAAAAUGGCCAAGAAGAUGAUUGCAGUGUUUUUUAUGUGCAUUGUGGUGAUGGCUGCUUUGCAAUUUGCCACUGCCAAUGAAGAGGUGGACAAAUAUGAGGCUAAAUUUGAUGCCAAAUACAAGUCUUGCUAUGAAACUUGUGAGAAGGAAUGUCUUGAAAAUGGCAGUGGUCAAACCUUUUGUGAAGUUAAAUGUGAUGAAGAUUGUGAUGAAAAAGAAAAAGCUGAUAAGCUACACAUCGAAUUACAUUGAAUAAUGAGAAACUAAAGGAAAGAAGAAGCUCUUGAGGAGGAUCAAGUAGUAAUAUGUAUUACUUUAUUAAAAUCAAGCUUGUGAAAGGGAGUUUGAUAAGCCUCCUUUCAAUAUAAAUUUUAUUAUAUGAUUUGAAAAUUUCAGUUCAUGAAGUUCCUCUAUUGGUGUCAUUCGUGAAUUUUUUAAAGUAAUGUAAUUUUAGAAAA